CUGAAUUUCCUUCUCGAGUGGUCACAUCAAAUUUUGUGCGCGUGCCUCCCGCUUUGAUUUCGAACGGAUUGAAACGGUCUCGAAUGGACUGCAAAGCGGCGUUGCGCUGAUUUCGAUUGUGCGCGGCAGCGCCACUCUUCGCAUCCUGUUGCUUUUGCUUUUUAGACUGCUGCGGCCUCAGCACCCCGCUCUCACGGAGAGAGGCCUUGAGCUGCUUCAACUGCGACGGCGGCAUAUUUGCGUGCUGAAAUUGACGCAAAAGCGUUCUCUUCCUCCACCGAAAUUUUUGGAGCGGCGGCAAUAUGUCCGAAAAAAGUUAUAUUCACCGCCUUAAGGUGGAGCAUUCUGCCGAUCUUUUCUGGUCUUCAAACUGAGCCAUGCCCUCUCAAUUGAACGAUAGGUUACUGUGGCUAUGUCUAGGUAUUUCUCUGUUCUUCGCCGUUCGCGGGAUAGUCACGGACCUUCGCCAGGUGCACGACUUGACGGAGAUUAAGAAUGUCGAGAAGGAAGACAAGAUGAUCAGCGAGGGCACAGAGGAAGCCCUCAAGCUAGAUACAUUACUUAAGCUCUCUGAAAGCACGAGUUAUGAUCUCCGUGCAGCUGCUCUACGUAUUAUUGCGGAAAGAUCUACAAAGGGAGAGACUCGGGACUUGCUUUUGAGAGACCUUGCGAGCAAGAACAGAGAAAGACGAAGCAAGGCUCUUGGUGCAAUGUAUUUUUUAGUCUCGAAUCGCUCACUUUCCCGAACCUCCGUGUGUACACGACUCAAAGACCUUCCCACCUACAACGCUCUUGUCGACUGUCUCUGUAACUUCCUCGACGAACAUUCUGAAGAAACCUCCACCACCGUAUCGCCUAUCUUGCCCAAAACAAGGCCUCUAGGGGAGAAGAAGGCACUUGGUACACUAAAUAUAGUCCUUCCAGAAAAUGUACCUGCGGCGCUUGAAGCUGGCAUCGUUAGUCGUUGGCUCUCAAAAUAUCCGUUUCCCUGCGCACUUUCAGAGCCAUCGCGGCGGCAAGAUGUGGUGAUACUUAUGAAGACCUGGUGGUCCGAUGAUACUCUUAUGAGUUCAAUAUUCAGCACUCUCUCUUCCCAUCCGGAGGGCACGAAGCAAUUACGAAAGUAUGGCUUGAUGGGAAGCAUGAUUGAGGAAAACGACCAAGAUGACGAUGACAGUGACAUAUGGAUGGUAGAUGGGGAUGAUACAGCCGGCUCGAGUCGAAUGCCAGGGAGGCGUCUCCGAGAACGGAGCGCUGAGGAACAGGCUGUGAGAAGACGCAGGAGAGAAGCGAUGGUGUUGAGUGAUGGAGCACGGCCCCUCGGUCAUGACGAUAUUAUUCAACUACCUGUCUCCGAAUGAUUGAUGAUGGACUUUCUAUAAUGUUAUCUGCGUUUUGGGAGGACAGAGCCUCGCCGACUCGGUGGUCGCAUCGCGUGUUU